AUGAGGUGUAUCUGGUAGACAGCAUAUUUCGUGGACGUGCAUUUGCUCAUAAGUCUGGUCCCUCACCUAUUACAAACCAUCUUGGUCCAGAAGUGGAAGUCCUAUCAAUGGCCAGAGAAAAGAAAAAGAGGACUCCAACAUUCACUGUGCUUCUCAUUAUGAACUUCAUGCCAAGUGUAUGUCAGGGAGUAGUCAUCACUCAGACUCCGAGGUUGCUAUUGAAGACGCCAGGAAGUUCGGCAGAGAUGAAAUGUCACCAGAAUGAUGAAAGCUAUAUUGACAUGUUCUGGUACCAACAGAAACCAGGAGAAGGAUUAAAGCUUAUGAUCUAUUCACCAGAAGCUAAUAAAAUCCAAAAGAUGGAAAAUGUCUUUGAAUCAGGCUGGGAGCUCGAGAGGAAUGACAUUCAGAAUUCAGUUCUACGUCUUAAAUCAGCUGAAAUACAGGACUCUGCUGUCUAUUUCUGUGCAUCGAGAUACCACAGAAUUAAAACCCAGGGAAACAGCUGGCAUAAAAGUUCACCAUGUAGAGAGAGUCUGUCCCAUGCUGUGACCGUGACUCAGGACAAACCCUUUAUAUGGCUGACUAAUGGAACCACUAUGGAUGAAUUGUCCUGUAAGCACGAUGCCACCACCAGACACAACAUGCUAUGGUACCAGCAGAAACCAGGAGAAGGAUUGGUGCUUAUUGCAGUGUCAGUAACAGAAAACGACGCAGAUGUGGAGAAAGCGUUCAAGGAAACGUGGACAAUGACUCGGCCAAGUAGUGCGAAAUCUACGUUAAGACGGAAUGGGACGGUGAACAUCCACGACUCUGCUAUGUAUUACUGUGCAGCGAGUGACACAGCCUUAGGAAGCUGA